GAAUAUAUAUAACAGCAGCUUCUGGAAAUUGGAGUGAGGCUUCAUCCUAUUAUAAAAUGCAUCCUUAUUGGUGGCGAAUUCCAUUAAACGGUGUCGGAACAACAGCCAUACACGUUGCAGUGAGCAUGGAACAAACUACUUUUGUGAAAGAGUUGAUGCAUUGUAUGGACAAAGAAGAUUUGGAAAAUUACAAGGCAGAAGGGAACACGGCCUUUUGUUUGGCUGCGAUGACUGGAAAUGUGGAAAUUGCUAAAAUUCUGUUUUGCAAGAAUCCACGGCUGCUGUGGAUUAGAGACCAAAACCAUAUGCUUCCAAUUGAAAUAGCAUCUUCUGCAGGUCACAUUCCGAUGACAAAAUUCUUAUUUCGAAAGACUUCAGAGGACCCACAUCACAACCUAUCCUUCCCAGACAUUGUGAAGCUAUUUUUCUUGACCAUCAACAACAACAUUUACACCAUCACAUCAAAAUUAUUGGAUAGCGAACCCAAACUUGUUACUGUUGAAAACGAAGAGAGGUUGACGGCUUUGCAAAUGCUAGCUCAAUGUUCCCUUUGCGAGGAAACUAUUGGCUAUCGAGAGAUUGUAGAUUCUGUUUUUAAAGGCAUGGAAAAGCAGAAAGAUACUAUCAACCAUGCACAAUUGUCGAAAGCAAUGUUCGAUGCAGCAAAAUCAGGAAACACUAAUAUUUUAGAACUUCUGUUAAAGUACCAUCCUGAUUUGCUAUUUGAAGUGAAUUCUAGCAACCAAAGCUUACUUCACAUUGCUAUUCUACAUCGACAAAAAUCUGUCUACAAACUAAUAUUAAGCAAGCGGGGUGCAAAGAAUAUUAUGACAAAACUGGUUGAUUCUGAGCAUAACACUGUUCUGCACUUAGCUGGAAAGAUGGGACAACCUGAAAAAAAACCCGGAUUUUCAACAAACCAUGUUCUAAUGAGUAGUGAGGAGAAAUGGUUUCAGGAUGUGGAGAAAAUAGUUCCACCUGCAAUGAAAACAAUGAAAAACAAAGAUGGUUUGACUCCUAAAGGAUUGUUCUAUCUGACACACGAAAUUUUGCACAAGGAAUCAAUAUCAGGACUGCAAACUAUGGCCAAUACAUUGUUAGUGGUAGCAACUCUGAUUAUCAGCCUAGGGAUCACUGGAGGUAUGACCAUUCCUAUUGCGGAUAUCAAUCAUAGAAAUACUCCUUUUUUUUCAAGGAAGAUAUGGUAUACGUUUUUCUUUAUGUCCAUUGCAUUUGGAACAUGUUUAUGUGUUUCGUCUAUGUUCUUCUACGCUUCGGUUAUUCUUCCUGUAUGUUGGUCAAAAGCAGAGGAAGAGUCUGUCCGGUUGCGGCAAACAAAGCUGGUAUUUGGGAAUGUGUCACUUUUCGCCUCUCUUGCACUCAUGUUUCCUGCUCUGACUUGCGGUUCAGUGUUGAUCUUUGAAUUAUCCAAUUGGAUCCUUUACUUCAUUUGUGCACUUGGUUUGAUAAUAUUGGUUGUGCAUCUUACACUUGAUUAUAACCGAUGGAUUGGCAUUGUGUGUUCAGUGCUAUCUUAUUUGGAGGAUGCUCCAUCAGAUAGGCCAAUAAUGUUACGGCCAAUCUGCAAGAUAUAUCAGCUCUUCCUCACAUUCGCAAAGAAAAAGGCUUGA